AUCCCAACUAAGCAAGACUCUCUCUCUUUCUCUCCUCUCUUGUCUCUCUAAAAUAAUUAUGCAAAAAGCAAUAAGACCACACGACUCAUCGUGGACGAAGACCACAUCGAGCAACAGCAUCUUCCGUCCAAAGAAUGAAGAUAAACCAUCGUCAUCAUUACCAUGGUUAACAUCAUCAUCAUCAACACAAAACCCAUCAUCUUCAAGCACUAAGAAAUCAAGCUAUAACGUUUUGGUGAUGGAGAAUGCUGUGGUGGUGUUUGCGAGGAAAGGUUGUUGUAUGGGACAUGUGGUGAAAAAGUUGCUACUGACACACGGCGUGAAUCCAUUGAUCAUUGAGAUUGAUGAAGAAAACAACAACGAUGACAAUAUCAUUUUAAGUGAAGUGGGCAAAGCUGUGAUUAAUAAAGAGAACUUACCAGUCAUGUUCAUAGGAGGAAAGUUAUUUGGAGGAUUGGAGAAUCUAAUGGCUGCUCAUAUUAAUGGUGAUUUAGUGCCUACUCUCAGACAAGCUGGGGCUUUAUGGCUUUGAUUCAUGAUUUAAUACUCCUAGUCUUUUUCCUUGUUGCAUUAUUUGUUAAUAUAUUUUUGGCAAUGUUUCAAACUAUGUGAAUUUGUAGUUGAUUGUUAUGUGUUUGGUUUGAUCAUAAAGAAACACAUCAAAUUUAUAAAAGAACAAAACCCAAUUCUCUUGUAAUUAACAGCUCUUGAAAUCUGUUUUUGUGUAUAAUAAU